UUCACCAUGCGGUUCCUCAAUAUCACCACCCCCGUCUGCCUCCUCCUCGCCGCUCUCUCUGCGACCGUAACCGCCUGCGACGGCUACCUCUUCUGCCACUGCUACAACUCCGAUGGCAAGCCCAAUGACGUCGCGACCCAAACGGUCUGCGACCGAUUCCCCAAAGACCAAUCGAAAAUGAUCGACGUCAAUAAAUGGUCCGACGGCGCAAAGGAAUGCCAGUACGCCGGUCCCAAAUUCACCCCCCAUGAUCCCCGCCGCCCCCGCGGUGACGUGAAGGCCUACGGCUUCGGCAACUGCGACUGGCGGGUGAUGUGUCAAGCCGCCGGUGCCACCGGCAAAGAUUCCAGUUGCAGGGAUACACCGCCUGCAGGCCCAGAGAGUUACAAUGGAAUUGAAAUCGUCCGUCAUAACUAG